CCUCAGGCUAGUUUCGGUCUGAGCUUUAACUGCGCGAGCCAGCAACCUGGGACUGUGCCAGUGACCCGAGACGGCGAGACCCUGCCGGCGACGAGGCCAUGCUGAGGCUCUGCGGCGGGCGCCUGGCCGCCCAACUGGGCAGCUUGCACGGGAGUCUGCAAAAGCCAGCCUGCGGAAGCGUCCGGGGCGUCUUGUCUUGCAUUGACCCCUCCUUGGGCCUUAAUGAUGUGCAGAAGGAGUUCCAGAAAGUGGCCUUUGACUUUGCCUCACGGGAGAUGGCCCCACAAAUGGCAGAAUGGGACCAGAAGGAGCUUUUCCCAGUGGAGACCAUGAGGAAGGCAGCACAGUUGGGCUUCGGUGGUAUCUAUGUUCGAUCUGAUGUGGGAGGAUCCGAGCUCUCCAGGCUUGAUGCCUCUGUCAUCUUUGAGGCGUUGGCUACAGGUUGCACCAGCACCACAGCCUACAUAAGCAUCCACAACAUGUGUGUCUGGAUGAUUGACUCCUUCGGAAAUGAAGAACAGAGGCACAAAUUCUGUCCGCCACUCUGCUCUAUGGAAAAGUUUGCUUCCUACUGUUUGACUGAGCCAGGAAGCGGGAGUGAUGCUGUGUCCCUUAUGACCUCAGCCAAACAGCAAGGGGAUAAUUACAUCCUUAAUGGCUCCAAGGCUUUCAUCAGCGGUGGUGGUGAAUCAGACAUCUAUAUAGUCAUGUGCCGGACUGGAGGACCAGGCCCUAAAGGGAUCUCCUGCCUGGUCGUUGAGAAGGGGACCCCAGGCCUCAGCUUUGGGAAGAAAGAGAAGAAGGUAGGAUGGAACUCCCAGCCAACAAGAGCUGUGAUCCUUGAAGACUGUGCUGUGCCUGUGGCCAACAGGAUUGGAAACGAGGGACAGGGCUUCCUUAUUGCCAUGAAAGGGUUAAAUGGAGGGAGGAUCAAUGUUGCCUCCUGCUCCCUUGGAGCCGCUCACGCUUCAGUUGUCUUGGCCCGGGACCACCUCAUUUUACGCAAGCAGUUUGGAGAGCCCUUGGCCAACAACCAGUACUUGCAGUUCAAACUAGCUGACAUGGCCACUCGGCUAGUAGCUUCACGGCUAAUGAUUCGUAAUGCAGCAGUGGCCUUGCAGGAGGAGCGAGAAGAUGCUGUGGCCCUCUGCUCCAUGGCCAAGCUCUUUGCUACAGAUGAAUGUUUCACAAUAUGCAACCAGUCCUUGCAGAUGCACGGUGGCUAUGGCUACUUGAAGGAUUAUGCCGUUCAGCAGUUUGUACGGGACUCUAGGGUCCACCAGAUCUUGGAAGGUAGCAAUGAAGUAAUGAGGAUGCUUAUCUCUCGGAACUUGCUUCAGGAAUAGUACCAGACGUGGCAUUUCCAGGCAUAGUUCCUGCUUGUGCAAUCUCCUAUCCAGCAGUGAUGUUAAAUUACAAGGGAAAUCCUAUGACAAGAAGCUGGACCAUCUCAGGGCAGGACACUUACUCCUAGGUACGACUCAGCCUGAGCCCUACAAAGCAUACCUUUUCAAAUGGGAUUACAAUAGAGUGUCCUGAGGAUACAGACAAGAGUAGGGCCAGCAGUCUGGUUUAGGAAAUUCACAAGAGGAAAUUGCUUUGUGAUGUCAGUAUACUUACUGUCAGCUGUUGAAGACUGUCAGUGGCAUGGGUUGGAAUUCACCCCGUAGCCAACACACUCUACCAGUACCACAUUGCCUUAAGCUACCUACCUUUGACCCAUAUAACAUGCACUUAACAGUUCACCAUUCUAUAGCACCUUAAGGUGCUUUCCCAAAAAAUCAUCUGGGAAGUGGAUAGUGCAAGUAUUUUCCUUAUUUUACAUAUAAGAAAACUGAGGCUCAAAGUAAAGUGACUUGUCUAAGGUAACACAAGCUGGUUGGAACUGGGAUUCAUGACUGGUUGUGCUGACUCUAAGCCUGGUGCUCUUUUUACCAUACAGCUAUAGAUUCCUCUUCCAACAACUUGGAUGCUUCUGUUAUAUGUUUUAGCUAAAUAAAGAAAAGAUUUGGGGAAGAUGGAACUGAGGGGAUAAUCCUGCUGUUUUUAAAACAAAUUUGUGCCUCAGCCAAA